UUAUGAUAGCAAUUGGUUCGCUGUUGUGACAUAUCAGAGUGAAACAGCUUCUGAAUCAAGAACAAAUGUAGGGCGGGGCUUGAUUUUGUCCAUGGGGAAUUGAUUGGAUGGUUGUGGUUUGCUAUUGGUGGAUCUCAUGUGAGUGACAGGUUGCCCCGCCCUCACGCCAGUAAACACAUCAUCAGAGAAGAGAUGAUUCAAGAUUACAAGCACACAUGAAUUUUACAAAAUGAUGUGCAUGAAUAAAUCAUAUAUAAUAAAUACUGUGAUAUUCAAGAAUUUGGCAAAGAUUUGGCAAAUUUGAUUUCAUGGAGACAAUAAUUCUGUCUUGCUUCUCUCUAACUUAAAGUGUUUCUGAGACUGAUUAAACACAAUCUUAGCAGGAAUGAGACUCUCCUUGACCAGGAAUGAGGAAGCUGCUUUACAGACACACCUGUUUUCUACACGUCACUCAAACACAGAACCAGGAAACAGGAAUCACAUGAGUUCAGAGAAAGAGAAACUGAAGUGUAGUUGAGCUGUUGUGUGUUUGUGUCUCUGUGUUCAUGCUGUAAAAUGGCAGAAGCCAGAUUUUCUCAGGAUGAGUUCAUGUGUCCAGUGUGUCUGGAUCUCCUGAAGGAUCCAGUGACCAUCCACUGUGGACACAGUUACUGUAAGAUCUGUAUUACAGGCUGCUGGGAUCAGGAGGAUGAGAAGAGAGUCUACAGCUGUCCUCAGUGCAGACAGACCUUCAGUCCAAGACCUGUUUUAGCUAAAAACACCAUUCUGGCUGAAAUGGUGGAGAAACUGAAGAAGACUAAACUUCCUGCUGACUGUUACGCUGGAGCUGGAGAUGUGCAGUGUGACGUCUGUACUGGAAGAAAACACAAAGCCGUCAAGUCCUGUCUGGUGUGUCUGGAGUCUUACUGUCAAACUCAUUUUGAUCGUCAUGAGGAAUUUCACUCUCGUAAGCCACAUAAAGUGACUGAAGCCACUGGACGACUGCAGGAGAUGAUCUGCCCGAAACACGACAAGAUCCUUGAUGUUUUCUGCCGCACUGAUCAGAAGUGUAUAUGUGUGCUGUGUACGAUGGAUGAACAUAAAAACCACGACACUGUAUCAGCUGCAGCACAGAGGACAGAGAAACAGCACCAGCUGAAGGAGAUGCAGAGGUCGUUCCAGCAGAGGAUCCAGCAGAGAGAGAAAGAUCUUCAGCAGCUGAGAGAGGCUGUGGAGUCUCAUAAGCGCUCUGCACAGACAGCAGUGGAGGACAGUGAGAGGAUCUUCACUGAGCUCAUCCGCUCCAUUGAGAGAAGCCGCUCUGAGGCCACACAGCGGAUCAGAGAUCAGGAAAAGACUGCAGUGAGUCGAGCUGAAGGACGACUGGAGCGACUGGAGCAGGAGAUCAAUGAUCUGAGGAGGAGAGACGCUGAGCUGGAGCAGCUUUCACACACACAGGAUCACAUCCAUUUCCUGCAGAGUUUCCAGUCUCUCUCAGCUCCUCCUGAAUCUACAGACGUAAAUGACGAUCCCUUCAGUUCUCUCUCCUCUUUUGAUGUUGUGAGAGAAUCUGUCCUUCAGCUGAGAGACAAACUGGAGGAUUUCUGCAAAGAGGAGCUGAAGAAGAUCUCUGACAGAGUCACUUUCACCAACAUUGUUCCCAGAACCAGAAACGACUUCCUACAAUAUUCCCAUCAGCUCAAUCUGGAUCUGAACACAGUGAAUGAAAACCUCCGUCUGUCUGAGAGGAACAGAGUGAUUACAUUCACUGGCACAGUCCAGCCGUAUCCUGAUCAUCCAGACAGAUUUGAUUGUUAUAUUCAGGUGUUGUGUAGAGAGAGUGUGUGUGGACGCUGUUACUGGGAGAUUGAGUGGAGUGGAGAUGUGUUUAUAUCAGUGUCAUAUAAGAGCAUCAGCAGGAAGGGAUCGGGUUUUGAGUGUUUGUUUGGAGGUAAUGAUCAGUCAUGGAGUUUGACCUGCUCUUCCUCCAGUUACUCAUUCAUACACAAUAAGAUAAAUACUAAACUCCCAGUAAAGUCCAUCAGCAGUAGAAUAGGAGUGUAUGUGGAUCACAGUGCAGGAACUCUGUCCUUCUACAGCGUCUCUGGAGACACAAUGAGCCUCAUCCACACAGUCCAGACCACAUUCACUCAACCGCUCUAUCCUGGGUUUACUGUUUAUAGAGCAUCAUCAGUGAAACUGGUAAAAUUAAAGACACUAUCAGAUGAGUGCAGAAAAACAUGGAAGUCUUGUAUAGACACCUACAGAAAUGAGAGGAGGAAGGAGGCAGAUAGGAAGAGGAGUGGAGCAGGGGUGAGCAGUGUCCGGCCAUGGUGCUACAGUGGGGUGAUGGGCUUCCUCAACUCCUUCCUAGAAGAUAUAAUAACUGCCAGUAAUGUGGUAGGGGAAGCCCUGACCCCAGAAGAAAGAGAAGGUACCAUUGCUGGACACAGUGAGGCAGCACAGACAACAACACACACACACAGCCAGCAGUGUGAGGUGAACCAGCCGAUUGAGAGGCCGAGUACAAGCUCGAGCCAGUCCAGCCUUCAGGAACAGGCCGGAUUCUCACGGGAGAAAGAGAGCACACAGCAGCACAGAGUUUGA